AGCAUCAGUUCAGUUCGAAUAGCAAAGAAAAAGGAAAAAAUAGAGUCUCAAAUCAGUUUGGAAAAAUCAGAACAGGUUAAUGUGUGUACAAAAUGAGCCAGUACACCGAAAUUCCAACGACUACGACGCCAACGACGAUGACAAUAAGUGCAAGCAGUGCACAGCCAGCAGAACCAACGUCCACUAAUUAUUUGAUAUCAACAGUACGAGAUAAUUUGAUAAAUGCAAGCGAACAGCACCAGCAAGACGAUGUGAACAAUUUCGUUUUCCACUUCAGUUGGCUUGAUUACGGUUUCUUUGUGGGGUUGCUCAGUAUAUCCGCAUUGAUCGGCAUUCACUAUGGUUUUUUUUCCAAGCACAAACAAAACAAUACCGACGAAUACAUUCUGGGUGGACGUUCAAUGAAAAUUUUACCCGUUGCAACGUCCAUGAUCGCAACCCAUAUAUCAGGUCAAACUUUAGUUGGAUUACCCACCGAAAUCUAUUCGAAUGGAACACAGUACGUGGUUUUUGUGAUUACUUCCGUUUUGUUGGGUCUUGCGUUGGCAUACAUUUUUUUGCCAUUGUAUCACAAUCUCGGUGUGACUUCGAGUUUCGAGUACUUGGAACGUCGAUUCGAUCGUCGUAUUCGCUUUUUGGCCACCUUUGUCUAUACAAUCAAGUACAUUCUCUUCACACCGGCCGUUAUCUAUGUGCCAGCACUCGUAUUUAGUCAAGUGAGUGGAUUGGAUUUGCACUAUGUGACGCCUGUCAUUUGUGCGGUAUGCGUUUUUUACACAACAAUAGGUGGAUUAAGGGCUGUGGUAUGUACGGAUUUCAUUCAAUUUUUGCUGAUGCUGACUGCAGUCAUUGUCAUUAUAACGUUGGGCACUACCGGUGUUGGUGGUUUUGCAAAUGUAUGGUCAGCUGCUGAGCGUGGCGGUCGUUUGAUUUUAUUCAACAUGGAUCCUAGCCCAUUUGUGCGUACAUCAUUUUGGACAAUAUUGCUUAGUUUAACCGUUAAUUGGAUGUCAAAUUCUGGUGUUGGCCAAACAACCGUUCAACGAUUUCUGUCCGUACCUGAUUUGCACGCUGCCCGAAGAUCGGUGUUAUUCUUUACGAUUGGCAUGAUUUUCAUCAAAUUGUUGGCCAUGUUUCUCGGUUUGGUCAUAUAUGCUACCUACGAACAUUGCGAUCCGAUUCGCGCAGGUAUCGUAUCACGAUCGGAUGAGAUCGUGUCAUACUACGUAGUUCAAAUUGGACAGCGUUUGCCUGGUGUAGCGGGUCUCUUUAUUGCCGGCAUUUUUGCAGCCGCACUGUCAACUAUGUCAUCGGCGCUCAACACAUUGGCCGGCACCAUCUAUUCCGAUGUUGUUAAACAUUGUUUGGGCAAACAAACGGAAAAGCAAGCGAGCAACACAAUGAAAUGGAUCUGCGUUGUGCUGGGGAUCAUAGUGACUAUUUUGGUGUUUUUGGUGGAAAAAUUGGGCUCGGUCUUUCAAAUUGGCAUUUCGAUUGGCGGCGUAUUUACCGGAUCAUUUUUGUCCAUGUUCGUUUUGGGAAUGACCAGCCGAUCGGCGAAUGCUAAGGGUUUGAUUGUGGGUGUAAUUGUAUCAUGUAGCUUGUUAUUGGUAAUGAUGAUUGGAGCGCAACUAAACAACAUUGCAAAAGAGCCAACAUUGCCGGUGCAAAUGGAUGGGUGCUCAAGUGAAGUAUUUCGGAAUAUGACCUCCACAUCGAAUUCAACGCAAAGUGCACCGCACGAAUCACCAAUCGGCCCAAAUCAAGAAGUAUUUUGGUUGUUUCGAAUCAGUUUCAUGUGUUAUGCAACCAUUGGUUUCGUUGUAUCGAUAGUGGUUGGGCAGGUGGUGAGUUGGUUAAGUGGUGGUGCAUCGCAGAUAAUCGACGAGAAUCUCUUGAUUCCAUUCUUCCAAAGCAACGAAUUCAAAGAGCGAAUGAAUCGAAAGCCCGAAACCAGAUAUGCAACCAUCGAUCAAAUGCUCAUCGAAAUGGCGAAACAGUCAAAAAGCGAGCAAAAUGUUGACGACAACAAGUCUGCAGUCAAUUAAUUCAAUAAUAAUAAAUCAAAAAUAAGCAUAAACAUUAAGUUAUGUAAAAGGCGAACAAAUAAAAAACGAACAAAUGCUAU